UCAUGAAAUUUGAUCCAAGAUAAAAGUACUCUCAUUUGAUUUUUAUGCCUCGUCAUGUGAAGGACAAAAAAGUAAAUAAUAGAUUCCAAAUUUGUGUUGGUUAUAAAAGACUGUUGAUAAGCGAGUGGCGUAGCAAGCGAGGGCUUUUACCGUAUUUUCCCAUGUAUAAUGCGCAAAAUUUAACUAACUAAUUUAUUUAAAUUUUUCUGAAAUAAUUUUACGUUUACGGACUUAAGUAACCCGGCCGGGUCAUACCAAAGACUAUAAAAAUGGGACCCAUUGCCUCCCUGCUUGGCACUUAGCAUUAAGGGUUGGAAUGGGGGGGUUAGAUCACCAAAUGAUUCCCGAGCGCGGCGCCGAUGACAAUCAUUGGGACUUUAAAAAAAAAUAAAAAAAGUCAAAAUUUGGGUCCGUAUUAUACAUGGCUUUUUUCCAGCAUCGACAUGCCAUUUUUAGGGUGCGUAUUAUACAUGGGGGCGCAUUAUACAUGGAAAAAAACGGUACUUCUCAUGGCCGCAGGUAGAGCGUAACCAUGGCGCCACCACUGUGUUUGUAUUCAAUUUUAAUGGCAAUGACAGAAGCGCGCUGCGUGCUCCAUUUUCACCACUAAUAUUUAAAAGCAGCCCCGUUUGCUGUCCGCCGCCUUUCUGAAGUCAUUUAAAAAAAAAAAAAAACUGGAAUCAUGGCAUUAUUUAUUUAUUUAUUUUACCCCUUGCGCAGAAUGUAUGUCAACUUGUAUAAAAGUCAAAAAAAGAGCAUUGUAGAAAUAUCCAAAUGUCGUUUUAUGUAACAGUACAUGCUGCAAUCAUUGCGUGCUACAGGUGGCCAGUCCCCGAAGAGGAGGGGGUGGUCCCGGGAAAGGAGGGUGGGGGGAUGUAUUCUCGUGGCGCAACAGGUCCCUCUCACUGUCUCGCUGCACUCGACGCACACGUGGAGGCUCCCCGCUCCACCCGUUGCUCUCGCACGCUCCUCUCCUCAGCACCGCCACGAGCCGGCGCGGAUGCCGAGGCGGCCGCCAGCCCGCCACCCGUGACCGGCGGGCCCGAUGAACCCCCGCCGCCCCGGCCCCCCCUCCUCCUCCUCCUCCAGCAUGCAAUGGCUUAAUCGGAGAGACAUGAGCAUCCGGAGUGGGGACGGCGUCACGCUGUGCCAGAGGGCUCUGCAGAUCGUCACCGAUCUUUGCCUCACCGGACACGUGGACCGUGAGAAAUGUUCGGAUAUUUUCCCCCUGGAGAGCGGCAUCCCGGCCAAAGGACACGCAGACGUCUCCGUCAGCCUCCUGGCCGUGGUGGUGGGCUUCUGCGGCCUGGCCCUGCUGGCCGUGUCACUCUUUGUCUUUUGGAAGCUGUGCUGGCCCCUCUGGAGGAGCAAGGCGCUGACGGUGCACAGGGGGAACAACGUGGGGCUCCGCGUCGCCUUCCCCGAGGCGCCUCCCGACGAGUCGCCGCCGCUGCCCGCUAAAACGGCGCCGGCGGAGGAAAAGACGAAGCAGUCGCCCGAGGCGAAGCCCAACGGACGCAGCACGGUCAAGCUGCUGGAGGCGGCCAUGAAGAUCAGCCAGACGUCGCCGGACAUCCCGGCCGAGGUGCAGACCACCGUCAGAGAGAAGCUGAGCCACCAGGCCAAGAUCCAGAGGCAGACCACCGAGCCCACGUCGUCCUCCAGGCACAAUUCGUUCCGGCGCCACCUGCCGCGUCAGAUGAACGUCAACAGCUUCGACUUCAGCGUGGACGCGGCGCCUUUCCGCCAGUCGUCCACGGCCAGCAUCGGCAGAAUCAAACCGGAGCUCUACAAGCAGAAGUCGGUGGACUCGGAGGGCGAGCCCAGAGAGCCCGCCCAGACUUGCGGAAAGCUCAGCUUCGCGCUGCGCUACGACUACGAGGAGCAGGCGUUGGUGGUGAAGAUCCUCAAAGGCUUGGACCUUCCCGCUAAAGACUUCACGGGAACCUCCGACCCCUACGUGAAGGUCUACCUGCUGCCGGAGAGGAAGAAGAAGUUCCAGACGCGGGUCCAGCGCAAGAACCUGAACCCCACGUUCGACGAGAGCUUCCGUUUCCCGGCGGCGUACGACGAGCUGUGCAACCGCAAGCUGCACCUGAGCGUCUACGACUUUGACCGCUUCACCAGCCACGACGUGAUCGGCGAGGUGGAGGUGGACAACCUCUUUGAGCUCUCUGACCUUUCUCGCGAGGCCGUGCUGUGGAAGGACAUCCACGCCGCCACCACGGAGACGGUGGACUUGGGGGAGAUCAUGUAUUCGCUGUGCUACCUCCCCACGGCGGGGCGGAUGACUCUGACCGUCAUCAAAUGCCGGAACCUCAAAGCCAUGGACAUCACAGGCUCUUCAGAUCCGUAUGUAAAAGUCCAUCUGAUCUGCGAGGGACGCAGGCUGAAGAAACGCAAAACCACCACCAAGAAGAGCACUCUCAACCCCAUCUACAACGAGGCCAUCGUCUUCGACAUCCCCCCGGAGAACGUGGAACAAGUCAGCCUCUCCAUCAUGGUGAUGGAUUACGACCGGGUGGGACACAACGAGGUGAUCGGCGUGUGCCGGGCCGGGCCUGACGCCCAAGGCCUGGGACGGGAUCACUGGAAUGAAAUGCUGGCCUACCCGCGGAAGCCCAUCACCCAUUGGCACGCGCUGGGAGAGUGGCCCGGAAGGGGGGCGAGCUUCGAGAGUCAAGCUUCGUGUCCGUCGCCCAAACCGCCGCAGACGCCGUGAUUCCUUCCGUCCAUCACAUGAAGGCAACUUUCAGGCUUCUACUUGAAGAAAAAACGUAUUCUUUUCCUCCAAUUUCAGACAUUCCUUCCCCCACACUUGACUCCGGAACGGCACAAGGUGUAAGGGCUCCACGGCUCUGUGCCAUAAAAGCAUUUAUAGGGUCAAGAAGAAAAAAAAAAAAAUCGAUAUCGGUCACUGAUAUCUCAGAGCGAGCAGAGAUGAGGAGAACGUAGCAGAGACAUGUAGCGGACAAAUAGAUGAAAAAAUAGACACGAGAUGGUAUUUAUUUAUAUAUAUAUAUAUUUACAUGUAACUACUCCUAACCUGUAGUGGAUUCUUCAGUCUACAAUCACGGUUCAAGUGCAAAGUGAAGUGAUUCUAGUGUGCUUUGGUCCCACCCGAACAACUCGACAGUACAAAAUAGCACCUCGUCGUGCGUGCGUACAGUGCAGUGAAUUAUAUCAAUGGAUGUUUUCAUGUGGGCGAGAUUUCAUGUAUCCGUGAGUGAGGAAAUAAACGUAAAAAAACAAAAAGAGCUUAGGAGAGCAAUUAGCACGUCCGCUACUCUGGGCCCGGAUGCUAAGCUAAGCUGACAAUGUGAACGUUUUAGUCAAGUUUUUGUCUUUGAUCAACUCAUGUAAGACUAUAAUUCGUUUCACUGGACUUGUGCGAAUUGUUGUGGGUUUAAAAAAAAGAAAACAUUUAUGGCUCCCUCUUGAGGUUAAACGUGGGACUACAGAAAACUUGCUAUCUUAAUAGCUUUACAAAUACAUACGUUCUUGAAUUUAUUUUGGUAUUUAUUG